AUGCACUGGAAUCCUGAGUGUUCGGGAGGAUUGUCGUGCAAUGUCCACGGCCUCGAAGGCUCUCCUUGGACAAAGACGACGUGGGCAAUCUCUAGAUCUUCUCGCGAAGUCUAGAGAUCAAUGAAGUGGGUCGUUUAAUUGUCUCUGGCAGCUGUCACCCGGCGGAGUGGAAAAACGGCGACUUUGCAGCUCUCCGACGGCUGUCACCCAACGGAGAAGAGCUGGAUGGAGGUGGGGCACGUGUCAAGGAGCUUCAUCCUCAGGUCCGCGCAGCAAGAGGAGGCUCUUCAUCGCAUCUGGUACGCUCUCAGGAGGUGGCGACUCAUCUCCUGAUGGAUCGUCCUCUUCUCGACGACGGCUUGUUUGUUGAUCAAUCAAAGAUGAUUUACUUGAUGGAUUUGCAAUCCUUUUAUCGCAAAUCGUUCAACAAUUUUAGUAGCAAUGCUCUACGAAUCACGUUGAUGAGAUUUUUGCCGAUGAUCUAGCGAUUCUCAUUGCUUAAUCCUUCACCAACAAUCUGCAGGAAAGUCGCGAUAAUUAGAUAAAAAUAUAUGACUUUUGACUCUGGAAGGAUUCAAACUCGCGCCGGUUGCCCGCCUGUGAGGAAGGUGUGACGCGGGUUUAGUCCCACAUCGAUUGUGCGCCGAUUUUUCAGGCGAAUAUAUAGUAAUGUUAGCUUUGUAAGCAAAGUCCCUUCUCUCACGUGUACGACUACUCCUUGCCCCACAGCCGGCUGGCCACCAGUGACAUGGAAGGGGAGUGGCACACACGUGCCCCUAUCGGUCCAACCUAACUUGCUCGAGUUCCUGCUCGCAGCUACUCCCCAACUACGCUUUCGACCCGCUUGUUGGCCUGACUGA